AUGUAUGAGAUAGAUCGACCAUUCCCCAUGAAGUCGCCGGUGGAUACCCGGGACAGCUCGCUUUACUGUAAGUUCCAUUGUGAUGUGGGACAUGAAACAAAAGAUUGCAAGUCCCUACGAAGGGCUCUCGAUGGACUAGCCGCUAAAGGGUUCCUGAAAUCCUAUCUCAGCACAAGCACAGGGGGAAGUGGUAAAAAGUUCUACAAGAAAAGCAAGUCACCGUCAUAUCGACGUGAUGACAACGACACUGACCCAGAAAUUGUAGUCGUCAUCUCAGGAGGUCUAGCCGCUGGGGGCCCAACAAUGAGAGGUCAAAGAGACUAUGCAAGCCGGUUGGGACAGGUCAUGUUGUGUGGAAAUGCCCUAAUUGACCAUUUCCCUAAAGUGGAGAUUUGUGAAUAUGACAGGGGCAAGAUCGCCACUCCACAUGACGACCCCUUGGUCAUUGAAUUGAAGGUAGCAAACCUCAAGCUAAGGCGUAUUUUAGUAGAUACAGGGAGUUCGUCAGACAUUAUCAUCACAACUUGUCUAGGUCAUCUUGAGCAUGAUCCAAAGACAAUUGAAAAGAUACAUUAUCCGAUCAUUGGAUUCGGAGGCGGCAUAAUUCAUCCCCAGGGGAUAAUCACUCUGCCCCUACGAGUUGGAGGCCGGCAUCAAAGUAAGAACUUGAACGUCCGCUUUCUAAUUGUAAAGGACCUCACUGCUUACAAUAUCAUAUUGGGUCGUCCAACUUUGAAUCAGGCCAAGGCAGUGGUCGUCACUCAUCUUAUGCUCAUGAAGUAUGUCUGUGAUAAAGGUCAGGUCGGCACAAUUCAUGGUGAUCAAAAGCUAGCAAGAGAUUGUUACCUCACUACGCUAAGUCCCGAGGCUUGGGGGAAAACUGACGAAGCCAGAGCAAGCUCAAAAAGAAAACAAGAUGAGAUGGAGGAGAAAAUCAAGAAGUAG